AUGCAAAACUGGACGCACUGGCUCGUCUACGCUUCGUCAUCGCUGGCAGAGCAGACCACGCCGGCAACGGUCGAGAUCCAGGCUGGGUGCACGAGUCACUGUGGAAGCUUCCAUGAUGCCGACACCGUUUUCGUCAUGGGCAGGAUGCUUCUGGGGGAUGACAAUGCCACGGUGGGCACGGUCAGUUUCGUGGGUACUGACUUGAACAUGGACGUGGUCAACGGGAGCCUUGUGUGGGGACCGCCUGCUGAACCGGUCAUUUACAUCGCGGAAGACAACAUGGGCUUGGCAAGGUCCCAACUGGGCGAGGUGGCAGCCGGCGUUGACCAGCUACAGGUCGCACCCUUGGUCGUUGAGGGCGAUGCCUAUGGGAACUUCACCCACUUCGUGGUGUACACGAAGUCCAGCUUUGCUGAGCAGACGACGCCGAACAGCCUGUCCUUCGAGGAAGCUGUCGCGAAGUAUCAGGUGUCCAGCCCAGCCUUCACCGACGAGGACUUAGACCAAGGCGAAGUUGCUGGGACGCUGACAUGGACUGCGCCGGAGGUUACCCAGACAGUGACGGGCUACAGGAUCUACCUGUCUGAGGACCAGGGAGGGACGAGCAAGUCCCUGGUUGGACAGCAAGCAGAAGGUACCGACUACUUUGCCGUUCCUGUGAACACCCCCCUGCAGAGCUUCGCCUUCUUGCUCAUUCACUCACUCUCAGCCACCACGGAGCAACGGACUCCCGUGGCAGUCGCUGUGGUGGAUUCGUACUCAAGCGUCACCGGCCUGUCGUUCACCGACAAGGUGAUCGGCAGGGACCUCGACGAGUUCGAGGCACCGGAAGAUAUCUCUCUCUGCUGGGAUCGUGCUCCGCUAGCCGAUGAGAGCACCCGGUCCAUCGGCUCCGUCAGCUCAGAUCAUGAAUCGAAGUUUAAGGGUGGGUGGUUUGGUGACUUGGUCUCGGCCCACCCGAGAUCUGGCAUGAUCAGCAGAAGCACAGCCAUGAUCGGCAGAAGCACAGCCGUUAUGAGCCCAAAGCUCGAGAUGCGCGACUACCAGUUCUGGAAGGAGAAGCUAUGGGCCCGGCUUAUGGAGCAAUGGGCCAAGGGCUUCACCAUGACAGGCCAGAGCUGCCGAACGGAGUUCCCCCGGACCCAUGUGGAGGCGCUGGCAGAUGUGGACGCUGGGACAGUGGACAGGACGUGGGACGUGGAAGUUAUGUAUGGAGCUGCUGGAGACCAAGGCGAGAGCGAAAUGAGCUACAAGCGAUCGCCGAGGCGAAUGUCAGAUCUCAGGGAGUACCUCAAGGAGAUCGGGCUUUGCACUCUCAGGGAGUACCUCAAGGAGAUCGGGCUUUGCACUCUCAGGGAGUACCUCAAGGAGAUCGGGCUUUGCACUCUCAGGGAGUACCUCAAGGAGAUCGGGCUUUGCACUCGCAAGGAGUACCUCAUGGAGAUCGGGCUUUGCACUCGCAAGGAGUACCUCAAGGAGAUCGGGCGUUGCACUCGCACGGAGUACCUCAAGGAGAUCGGGCGUUGCACUCUCAGGAUGUACCUCAUGGAGAUCGGGCGUCGCACUCUCAGGAUGUACCUCAUGGAGAUCGGGCGUCGCACUCUCAGGAUGUACCUCAUGGAGAUCGGGCGUUGCACUCUCAGUACGUACCUCAAGGAGGGGUCCGGAAAGAAUGAUGCCAGAUCCAAGAGUCCAGACGCCGAGACGACAACACAGCCAACCCCAAUGGAACUUUUGGGCGUGAUCGCUACAGGCAUGCGGCAACUGCAAGAAGUACAACUUCGCCAGAUGGACAAGAAGGACGGUCCCGAGCUCGUGAAACCAGGGAUAUCUUCCCUUCCUCAUCUAGAUCCUCCUGGAAAGGACACUAGCCCAGUGGAUAUCCAGGACUGGCUGGAGGAGGUCGGCUCGAUCAUGGGCGACUUAUCAGACACCAGUCAUGAAUGGUGGACUGAAGUAAGAGCGGUGGCGGACGAGCGCUACAAGAAGUGGGUCACUGCGACGCCGAUGGAGAAGCUCACCCUGGCUUUGCCGCGGGACUCAAAGUUGGAGCAAGGAAAGUAUGGCCGGGUCAAUGCAAGGGCUGCGGGAAUGAUCCUGGGAGCUCUGCCGGCAGAGGUGAAAAGCGAGAUGGUGACGAAGAAGGUUACUGGGUCAUCGCUUUCACUCGUGUUCAAGCUGCUCACGACCUACAGACCGGGAGGAGAGCAAGAGAAAACGCUCCUUCUGGAGCAGCUGACAACCCCGGAGGGAGUGGCCACUCCGGAGCUGGCCGUGCAGGCGUUGAGGAAGUGGGGAAGGUGGUUCUCGAGGGCCAAGGACUUGACGGUCGCGGUGCCUGAUCCUGUGCUCAUGGUGAAAGGCCUGGCGCUGAUUGGGGCCCCGGUCCUCGUCAAGAACCAAGACGUGUGGCUGAGAACAACGAUGAUGAGAAAUCGGUUGCAGCUAGACAGUAAUCCAACUGAAGAAACGACGUUGGACUUCCAUAAGCACUUGCAGGCUGAAAUGGAACUUCUAAGCACAGCGACUUCUACAGCUUCGCGGUCCGCACCAAGGAUCAAGAGCGCAGCCGCUACGCCGGACGCUACGACAGCUACUACGGCCACACCAGGGGCGAAGGCGAAGCCAGACAAGAAAGAAAGGCUCUGCAAAUGGUUUGCAAAGUCAGAUGAUGGAUGUCGUCGAGGAGCGGAGUGCCAGUUCCAACAUGAUUGGGGGACGACGGCCAAAACGGGACGUUGUUUGCUAUGCUCGGCCCUGGGACACCAGAAGAAGGACUGCCCGACGAAGAAGCAGGGAGAGCCAGCUCAGCAGUCUCCUACCUCUGGCCCCAAAGGCAGAGGGAAGGGAGAUAAAGGCGGAGGGGGAACGACUUCAUCGUCUACGGCAGCGGCUGAUCGUUGGCAACUGGAGGUGGUCAAAGGGAACCGCCUCAACCUGGAGCCCUCUGGGGACCUCCAGCAGAUCCUCACCGACGCCCACCAAAUGCUGAAGACCAUGAUGGCAACGACAACCCCACCAACCACGACCACAUCAGGGGCACCAACAUACGAGUCCAUCCAGCGCCAGCUCGACGAGAUGAAGCUAAAGGCCCUCAAGGUGAGCACGCCGCAAGCCACUGAAGAUGAAGGUCGUGGUGCUCUUCUUGACUCAGGAGCGACGCACGUCCUGAGGCCCGCUCGAGAUGAACGAGAGCACCUCACGAGCAAGGAGGUGCCCGUGGUGUUGGCUGGAGAUGAGAAGCGCCUGCUACGUCAGACACCAGCAGGAAGUAUCAUCCUGGACCCAGCCCAGGGGAAGGAAGCGCAAACCAUACUGCCCCUAGGGGGGCUCGUUGAGUCUCUCGGGUGCACUUUGAAGUGGACGCGAGGGGGGUUGAUGUUGAAGCACCCCAAGUACGGCACCAUCCGCGCGAGAAUCCGAGCAGGCUGUCCAGAGAUAGCGGACCCAGUGCAGGCGGCAAUGUUGAUCUCAGAGCUAGAGUCGCGAAGGAUGGACGAGCUUCGCCAAAGGACACUGGAGCUGCAGGACCGCCUCAGUGCGAUUCGGAUGAUGGAGGCGAAGACUGAGGACUGGAGACAAGACCUCGCGGCCUACGCCUCCGAAGGGUGUGUCGUGGACGGAUUGCAGGCCCUCUACAAGUCGCCCAUUUUCAAAGGACUCCCCGACGAAGUGCUAAUGUGA